AUGGGGUGGGCCAGUUUCAACGGUGACGAUCCGUAUGGUGCGAACGUCUUUUCGUCCAUGGCAGUGCUGACUACCAACAUUUGUGCAACUACUAGUCUCCUUGUUUGGACAUGGCUUGAUGUCAUCUUCUUCAAGAAACCGUCGGUGAUCGGUGCCGUCCAGGGCAUGAUCACUGGUCUUGUGUGCAUCACUCCUGGUGCAGGACUUCUCGGCGGUUCCCUCACCGGUCCCUUUGCCGAACCUCAACUUUGUAACAUGUUUUUACCGAACCUAAACUCGAGGGGUGCCAUCUACAGCGAUUCCGGCGGGAUCCAGUUCCUAAAGCAACUAGUAGGUGGAGCUUUCAUAAUCGGAUGGAACCUCAUCGUAACGUCUAUCAUUUGUGGGGCUAUCAAUGUGGUCAUAACAUUGCGUAUGACGGUGGAACAGUUGCUGAUCGGAGACGAUGCAGUGCACGGGGAAGAAGCGUAUGCUCUAUGGGGUGAUGGAGAGAAGUACGAUUCGACCCGACACGGGAUGUACUCCGACAACACCUCACACAAUAAGGCUUCAACUGGGACUACUCAAAUGGUUUAA